ACACCCAAAGCAGUAAACACAUAUAAUCUUAUUGAAGACCCAAAGAAAACCAGUCACAUCUUAUUCACAAACCAUCAUGUCCGACGGCCAUCACCACCACCACCACAAAGAAAAUCCGGCCGGCGAGAUUGAUUACAAAAAGGAAGAGAAACACCACAAGCAUAAGGAACGCCUUGGAAAGCUAGGAGCUGUUACUGCUGGUGCUUUCGCUUUGCAUGAGAAGAAGAAGGCGAAGAAAGAUCCAGAACACGCACACAGUCACAAGAUCAAAGAGGAGAUUGCAGCAGCAGCUGUUGUUGGAGCUGGUGGCUAUGCGUUUCAUGAGCAUCACGAGAAGAAAGAAGCCAAGAAGAAAUAUGAAGAGGCUCACGGAAAGAAGCAUCACCACUUCUUUCAUUGAUUUUAUUAAUUUAUCACAAUAUAUAUAUAUAUAUAUAUAUGGAUUAUUUAUGGAGCUUCAACUUCUCUCUUGAUUUAUUGUGUUUUGCACUGUAUAUGCUCAAUCUCAUGAUUCUCUCAAGGUAUUACAGUACUCUCUGUUCCUUCACAAUGUAUUAGUAAUACCUUGCAGUAUUGGGAAAGGGCCAGACAGAACAGAAUAGGGGAGAAGCUGAAUUCAGAUUUGUGAUAACGUUAUAGUCUUUUGAUUUGCUUUUGGAAUAUUAACUAACUGGUGUUGUAUAUAUACUUCGUUCAUGCAGUAGGAGUUUACAAUAUAAUAUAUUUG